GCGCACAGUUACCGCUCGAACGUACGUGCAACUGGUUCUCUGGUCUCUGUGUCUGAGCAGCGCGGUCCGCAUCUCGUGCUCUCGUAUCAAACCGUUCAUCAGCGCUCGUCUGUUUAACUGAUUCACUGACUUUAUCUUCUAUUCUGACUCAGUCGAGAUCGAGAAGAGUGAGUGUGUGGAGCGCUGUGCAGCAAUCAACAAAUCAAAACCGUCAUAACUGCACCGUCAACAGGGCAUCCACCCGAAGCGAAGGGUCCGAACGACCGGGAACGACACAGCAUCAAAAGGAAGCAAAGCAUCAGCAUGGCCGUUAGCCGAUUAUCCAUCGUCAAGUUUCUCGAGCUGGCUUUGGCGAUUACGUGCGUAGUUCUGCACUACAAAAGUCUCGGCGAGCGCGAUGACACCACCAAGCUGCUGACCGCGGGCACGUUUGUCGGCUACAGCGUCAUCCUGAUCGCGCUGUUCGCGGGCUACCUGCUGGGCAACCCGCUCAACAAGAAAUUGGACCUGUUCUUCAGCCUGAUCGGAUGCGCGAUGUUUAUCGCGUCGGGCGUGCUGAUUCUCAAGGAGUGGGAGAACGCCUGGAGCACCGACACCAAGAAGAUUGCCAUCACAAAGGGCUCACUAGCCGUCACCAAUGGUGUGCUCUUCUUCUUUGACGCCAUCUUCACGUUCCGCGACUAACCGCCCAAGGACAGCGGUAUGGCCGUAGGGUCCCGUUUCCUACACUUCCGCCCACCUGCCCACCAUUAACCUUUUUCCCCCAGAAGCUGCAUGGCCAGGCUGGCAACUUUAACAGUAGAGAAGAAAAUUUCAUCGGGUGGCAUUUGGCGAGUUGCGAAACUAUAUUUCGGGAAGACGAUAGCAACUCAAACUCAAACAUGAACCUCAAAAUAUACACCUUAUUGUUUCAUUA